AAGCUAUCACUUCCGUUUAGACAGGAAAAGGAAGUUAUGGCGACUUAUGCGGUAUGGUUUUCUUCUGCAUUUAGCGACCAAACAACACAUCCUCAUCCUGUUGUGUUUCACUUGAUGUGAUGGCGCAAAAAGUUAACUUUGAUCGCUUUUUUGUGUGCUUUGCUGACUAUAGUGAUAACGUUUGGGUUGCGAUACAUAAACAUGGUGCACCCAUUGACCUUGUAUGGAUUCAUUGAAGUGUCACAUGGAAGACAUGGACACAGAGAGUGCCAACGAUGUAGUAUACCGCCAUCCCCAGGUCAUCUCGCUGGAAGACUUGUCCGGUCGGAAGCCGGACGCGCUGCCGGCGGGCGCGGGCGGCGCGCGCUCGGCCAGCGCCGCGCUGGAGCUGGGCCGGCGCCUGCUGCUGGCCGCGCGCGCCGGCGACACCGCGCUCGUGCUCGACCUCAUGGCCAUGGGCGCGCCCUUCACUAACGACUGGCUGGGCACGUCGCCGCUGCACCUGGCGGCCAGCAACGCGCACGUCGAGACGUGCGGCGUGCUGCUGCGGGCGGGCGUGUCGCGCGAGGCGCGCACCAAGGUGGACCGCACACCGCUGCACCUGGCGGCGUACGCGGGGCACGCGGAGGUGACGGAGCUGCUGCUGGCGCACGGCGCGGCGGUGGACUGCCGGGACAUGCUGCGCAUGACGCCGCUGCACUGGGCGGCCGAGCGCGGCCACGCGGGCGCGGCGGCGGCGCUGCUGCGGCACGGCGCGGACGCGGCCGCCGUCAACAAAUUCAAAAGGACGCCGCUGCAGCUGGCCGCCGCUAAGGGCCACGCGCACAUCCUGGCGCUCAUCGACGAGGAGCUCAAGCUGCGUGAGGCCGCGCCCUCCGUUCGCGCGCUCAUGCCAGAUCGUCAAGUGGAAGAAACUACGACGACGACGACGACGAUUGAGAUCCCACGAGCGAUACCGUUCACCACUGUCCCGUCGAAGCCCAUUCCGGAAAUAAAAAUCAAGCCGAAACCGGCCCAAGAAAAACAAGCGAAGCCAGAAGCCAAAACAGAAAAGCCGGAGAGCAGCACGCAGGGCCGCGCGGGCGCCGCGGCGCUGCUGCAGCGGCACGGCAUCACGCUGCUGCCGCCCGACACCACCACCACCGUGCUCAGCGCGCUGCAGAGCGGACGCACCGUCGUGCUCUCCGACGCCGGCAAGCUGAUGCUGAAGGAGAGCGAGGAGCCGGCGCCCGCGCCCGCGCCCAAGCCGCGCGGCAUUGUGCUUACUGCCACGCCCGUGCGGACCACGCCCCACGGCGUCAAGGUGUUUACGGUCAACAACCGGGCCUCGACGAGCGGCGACACGCGCCCGCGAGCUAAGGUCAUGACUCCGCAGGAUCUCCAGCAAGUGAAGAUAGUCCAGCUGGCGAGCGACGCGCGCGUGCGGCGCCUGCGCGCUGCCCCCGCGCCCGCCGCCGCCGCCCCCUUCAAGAUCAUCAUGAACAAGUCCAACUUCGAGCACCUCGUGGCCGGCGCCAAGCCCGACGCCGCCGACCGAGCGCCGCGAGCCGAGCCCGCGUCCACGCCGAUAGUGGUCUCGCAGAAUUGCGGCUUCAGCCUGCCCUCCAUCGACGCGCCGGUGGACGCCGCGGAGGAGGGCGCGGAGGAGGCGCUAGAGAGCGAGGUGGAGCCGGCGACGGCGACGCUGGCGGAGGACGAGGCGAGCGCGCUGCGGGCGCAGCUGGCGGCGGCGCAGGCGGCGGCACAGGCGCUGGCGCAGCAGCUGCGCGACACCCGCGCGCGCCUGGCGCAGUACGAGCCGCUCGAGUGACGCGCGCCGCAGCCGGCCCCGCCUGUGGGUUAACGUUGAUGAAGCCUGGUCUGCGGCACGUAGAAUUUUGUCCAAUGACCCCAAGCUACCCAUCCUUAUCGUUCGCGCGUAAUUAUAUUGC